AUUUAAAAAAUAUCAAGAAAGACAGAGAGAGAGAAAAGUUUGUUGGGAAGGAGUCUUCUCUCUUCCUCUAAAGAAAGAAAGAGAGAGACGGCGACUCAAAUCUAUCCUUCUUCACAUUCACGCUUUUACAGGAGGAUCUAGACUCCGAGAUCAGAUCUCCAACGAGUUGAAUAACAGCAGUGAUUACUUCAGAAGCUCGAUCUUACCUUUUUUGUGUGUUUGUGUGCUUGUCCACACGAAAACGUGACUUAGACGGAGGAGGAAGAAGAAGAUGGAAGCUAACGGGACGGAGAUGAAUCAGGAGAGAGAGUAUAUAAGGAGGCACCAUAAGCAUGCGCUUCUGGAGAAUCAGUGCAGCUCUACGCUGGUUAAACACAUCCAAGCUCCUGUUCAUAUAGUAUGGUCCCUUGUGAGAAGAUUCGAUCAGCCACAGAAGUACAAACCAUUUAUCAGUAGAUGUGUGGUGAAAGGAAAGAUGGAGAUUGGUACUGUAAGAGAAGUUGAUGUAAAGUCAGGAUUACCAGCUACUAGAAGCACUGAGAGAUUGGAGUUGCUUGAUGAGAACGAGCAUAUUCUCAGCAUGAGGAUCGUUGGUGGAGAUCACAGACUCAAGAACUAUUCAUCAGUUAUCUCUCUUCACCCUGAGACCAUUGAAGGAGGAAGAAUAGGGACGCUUGUGAUCGAGUCCUUUGUGGUAGAUGUACCAGAAGGGAACACAAACGAUGAGACUUGUUACUUUGUGGAGGCUUUGAUCAAAUGCAAUCUUAAAUCUUUAGCUGAUAUCUCCCACCGCCUCGCGGUUCAAGACACAACAGCUUCCACAUGAACAGAGUCUAAGAGAAGAGAGAGAGAUUGAAGAAACUUACUGAAAUGUGGAGUGAGAGAAAGAUUCGGUGCCGUGGAUGAAGCUUUCAAAGGGAAAAAGAGAGUGUCUCUUUGAGGAUGGACAAGGCAAAUAAUAAUCGCCAUUUUACCGUUUACAUAAUAAUAAGUUUCUUUAUUUAACACUUUUUUUUGUUUGUCAAUUUGAUGAAUAUUUUUGGUUUCUUUCUUCUCUGAAGAUCCAAAAUAUGAUUUUGGAGAUUUGGCUUUUGCCACCACUUGCAGGAAUCUUUACAAUUUGCAGAGAGACAUGUUAAAAGAUGUGAUCAUGGGGUUCCACUCUUCUUCCCUUUUUUUUUGUAACACUUAAAAGUUGGUUGCACCCAUAAUGGCCACAGUUCCUUCUUAAUUUUA